AUGGCGGUCAAACCGAUGCGCCAUGUACAACAUAGAGCUGAAGAAAGUAAUGAAGAUAAACCAAAUCCAAGGGAAACCGAGGAUGGUAAUGCUCGAUCAUCUCAGAAUAUGCAGAUGGAUUGUGAUGAUAUGAUUGAGGAGCCAAAGUCGGGGAUGAUUGAGAAGAGAGAUGAUGAAACUGUUAGAUAUGUCACCCUUGUUUGUGCCCGCAAUGGGCAGGUCCGGAAUAGAACUUUGAAUGUUGCCAAUCCACAUCCAACAGGAAAGACAGAAUUUCAUAACAUCCAUAAGCACGGCCUCAGUCCAAAGAAAUCUCGAUUCUUUCGAUGUAAUAGAAAAGUGAGUGAUGCCGUAAAAAGGGUCUUAGAUACAAAUGAUUUAGCUAGCAUCAGAAUGAAUAAGAGUUUUGGAUCUCUUGAUGUUGGUGCGGGUGGAUUUGAGAACCUCCCUUUUUUGGAAAAUGAUUGUCGUAAUUACAUAGACAAGGCAAGACAUCUAAAAUUUGGCACAAGUGGUGCUGGAGCGCUUCAAGAGUAUUUUUCAUGGAUGCAAUACAAAAAUCCUAGAUUUUUUGCAUUGAUGGAUUUGGAUGAUGAUGGGAGAUCUCCGAUUGAGAAGAGGUUACAAGAUUUGUAUACGAAUGCUAAAUUCAAAGAAGUUCAACAGCAAGUUACUGGCAUCAUCGAUAUGGAUCCAAAGUUACUUAAGAGAAAUGGUGCAGUAGAAACCUAUUUGCUAGAGGAUGAAGUUCGUUUGGAAAAGUUCCCUAAGAUGGUGAAGCAUUAUGUGGACUUUACUGAGGAAGAUGCGUCUGCAAAGUGUUCUUGUGGUUUAUUUGAGAUAAGGGGCAUAUUGUGUCGGCACAUUUUGGUCGUAUUCAAAUGUAAGGAUAUUAAAUCUUUGCCAGAUAGGUACAUUUUGGAUCACAGGAGAAAUGACAUAAAAAUGAGAUACACCUUGAUGCACAGCAGCUAUGAGGGAGGGGAGCAAUGCGCAGAUUGUAAUAGAUAUUCAAGUCUGCUAAAUAUCUAUUAUCAGAUGAUCACACAUGUAGCGGGUUCAAAAUCUAAUACUGAGGAUGCAACUACUAAGUUAUAUGCGAUGAUUGAGUUGUAUAGUGCCAAUCAAGAACCCCCAUCGAUGACCUAA